AUGCCGACCGUUACCACCGACUUCAAACAUGUCAAGCGCGCUCUUCUCGAGUACUAUGCACUUUUGCAGUCCAAACGUCUCACCAACGCUGUUCUGGCGUCGUUACCCCUCCCCAGCACCCUCGAUCCAAGCCGCCCUGUCCCUCUGCCUGGACGCCUCAAGACCCUACUCGUUCUGAUCAGCGACACCAUAUCCAGCCUCGCUCUACUCUCAUUCUUCGUGCUUCCGCUCUUCAUACAUGCUCCGGCAUACGUCAUGGGGCGCCUGGGAGCCCGCUUGGUCGAGGAUGAGGAAGAAACACCAGAGCACCCGGUGCACGAUGCGGCGCGGCGGGUCCGACGAGAAUACGCGCGCGCCAUCCUGCUUGCGAAACGCGCGCACUGGGAAGAUUGGCUCGAUCGGGUUGGAGAAAAAGAUGUGUGGACGGCGAAUCGCUACGCCGCCUCCACGGGAUCAGAUGGCGGCUCAUCGCGCAUACCGACUUUGGUCAGGAAGGGUGUCGAAGGACAGGCCGAGGUGAAGUUGGCGUCAAACGAGGAGAAGAGCGAACUUCUGGCUCGCGCCUUCUUCCCUCCGCCACCAGAGGAUAGUGGGGUCCCGGAGAACCAUGAGUAUCCUCCGCCCGUCGAAGGGAUGGCGCCAACCACGGAGGAUCUCGUGCGCCGGCACAUAGCGGCCUUAAGUCCUUACAAGGCACCAGGUCCCGACGGUAUCCAGAACGUCGUACUCAUGCAGUGCGUGGAUCUGGUCGCACCACGGCUGCUCUGGAUCUACCGCGCCAUACUCGAGCUCAAGACAUACUACGAUGCUUGGCACGAGUUCCUCACUGUGGUUCUCCGCAAGCCGGGGAAACCUAGCUACACGGUGGCGAAAGCUUACCGGCCUAUUGCUCUGCUGUGCACGAUGGCCAAGGUGCUCACGGCCAUCAUAGCAGAGCAGGUAACGUACCUGGCACACCAUCACUCACUGCUUCCGAAGACGCAAUUUGGCGGCCGCCCGGGCCACACAACGACUGACGCCAUGCACUACCUGGUAGACAACGUGACGUCGGCCUGGGCUGAGGGACAGGUUGUCUCCAUCCUCUUCCUGGAUAUUGCUGGCGCCUUCCCGAACGCGGUCCCAGAUGUACUGAUCCAUGACAUGCGCGAGCGCCGGAUCCCAGUAGAGAUCACAGACUUCGUCAAUCGCCUGCUGCUCAAGUUCGACGAUUACGAGUCGAAAUGGUUCGAUGUCACAAACGGCAUCCCACAAGGUGACCCGCUUUCGCUCAUUCUCUAUCUAUUCUACGGGGCGGGCCUCCUCGAGGUUGUUAACCAACUCGACGGAGAAGACUCGUCUGGCUUUGUCGAUGACACAAACCUUUUUGCUAUCGGACGGGAUUUCUUCGAGACCACUGAAAAACUUGUCAGGAUGUUCGAACGCCUCGACGGCGCGCACGCUUGGGCCAAGAGCCACCACUUGGAGUUCGAAAUCACCAAGUUCUGCCUCAUGCACCUCACGCGCAAGAAAGAGAAGGACGGCCGGGGUCAGCUGGUGCUCAUCAAUGGACCGCCCAUAACGCUCGCUGGCCACACCCUGUACCCGGUCGACUUGCACAAGUACCUAGGAGUACAGUUCGACCGGGAACUACGGUUCAAAGCCCAAGCCAGAGAUGCGGCUGAACGUGGGAAGUCGUACACGCACCAAGUGCGCCGACUCACCAAGAACAACUACGGCCUCGCUCCGUCCAUGAACCGUCGCAUAUACGAGGCAGUCGUGACGAAGAAGAUGUUGUAUGCCGUGGAUGUAUGGUGUCUGCCAUCCCCUCGUGCGGUCCCCUGCGACGACCCUACGCUGCCCCGGCGACGGGGCACGGUCGGCGUCAUCGCAUCUCUGGCUAAGGUCCAGAGGAUCGUACGCCGUAUACCUGCUCGCAAUGUUCCCCGAGGCCCGACAGGACAGGAUCGAGACCAUCCGGCCUCUCCGCGCGAACCCGACAUUCCGUACGACACGCACAUUGCCAGCACCCGGGACGAUUCCCAACGGGAGGACCGCGAGCUGACGACGGAUAUCCGCGUGUACACGGAUGGAUCCGGGCUUGAUGGCCAAGCUGGCGCUGCGGCGGUGCUCGCGCGUUUUGAUGGUCUGCACGACAUACGCCGUACGCUGCGCUACCACCUGGGCCCCCUCUCCGAGCACACCGUAUACGAGGCUGAGGCCCUCGGCGUCAUACUCGGCGCCCAUCUACUGGCCACCGAAGUUGAGCGGGCGGCGAAGACGGUGUCCAUCAGCCUGGAUAACCAACCCGUCAUACGCGCGUCGGAGCAGCCUCACCGCGCGCAACCGGGUCACUACUUGCUGGAUGAGUUCCGACAGAUGAUGGCAGGGCUGGUCACCGCGCACGACGCCCGCCGCGGCCUCGACUACUAUAGGUUUCCGGCCAUGACGACGCAGAGCUGA